GCGCCGGCUCCGGGGCGGAGGACGCGGCCGGCGGCGCGGACCCGGAGGCGGGGCGGCCGGGCGGCUGGGCCCAGCUGGGCACCAUGUCCCGCCGAGCUAAGGACGACUUCUUGCGGCAUUACACCGUCUCCGACCCCCGGACGCACCCCAAGGGCUACACCGAGUACAAAGUGACCGCGCAGUUCAUCUCCAAGAGAGACCCAGAAGAUGUCAAAGAGGUGGUGGUCUGGAAGCGGUACAGCGACUUCCGCAAGCUGCACGGAGACCUGGCCUACACCCACCGCAACCUCUUCCGCCGCCUGGAGGAGUUCCCCGCCUUCCCGCGGGCCCAGGUGUUCGGCAGGUUCGAGGCCUCUGUGAUCGAGGAGCGGCGCAAAGGGGCCGAGGACUUGCUCCGCUUCACUGUGCACAUCCCCGCGCUCAACAACAGCCCCCAGCUCAAGGAGUUCUUCCGGGGUGGGGAGGUGACACGGCCCGCCCAGGUGUCCAGGGACCUGCACAUCCUGCCACCCCCUCUGAUCCCCACACCACCCCCCGAGGAGCUCCAGCCACCACCGGAUGAGUCCUGGCUCCCCCAGCCUCUCCCCGCAGAGAAGAGGGGCCUGGAGGAGUUGGAGGUGCCAGCGGAGCCCCUGCCGUCCAGCCCUGCCCAGGAGGCCCUGGAUCUCCUCUUUAACUGUGGGAGCACCGAGGAGGCGUCCAGUUCCCCGGCCCGAGGCCCCCUCACCGAGGCCGAGCUGGCCCUCUUCGACCCCUUCUCCAAGGAAGAGGGUGCAGGCCCCAGUCCUGCCCACACAGGGGAGCUGACAGCACUGGAGGCAGAGCCUGAGAGGCCGGGCCAGGAAGCCUGGGAGCCUGGAGGUCAGGAGGAGGAGGAGGAGGAGGACAAGGACGGAGGGCCCACCCCUGCCUAUCUGAGCCAAGCCACCGAACUCAUCACCCAGGCCCUGCGGGAUGAGAAGGCUGGCGCCUACCCUGCGGCUCUGCAGGGCUAUCGGGAAGGCGUGCACAUCCUGCUUCAGGGAGUUCCUGGUGACCCAUCGCCCGCCCGGCGGGAAGGUGUGAAGAAGAAGGCGGCGGAGUACCUGAAGCGGGCAGAGGAAAUCCUGUCCAAAGUUCCACCCUGAGAGGGAGCCACCCUUCCUGGGACUCCAGCACUGCCAGCCACCCCUUCUCCUCGCCCUGGAGCCUGCCCUGUCUCCUGGUCUUGUAACUCAGGAGGCCAUUUCUGUAUGUAACUGGACCAAGAAUGAGAAAAAGAAUGACUCAGUUCCCUGGCCAUACCUGCCAGCAUGGAAGCAGGAACGGUGUCACCCUUUUGAUCCUGCCUGCCUAUCUCAAUGUGUGGGCAGUAGCUCUGAACUUUGUUUAUCCUUCUGGAACUGGGGUCUGCAAACUGCGGCCUGCAGCCAAAUCUGGCCCACCUCCUUUUUAUUUGUAAAGCUUGUGAGCUGGGAUGGUUUUUACAUUUUUUUAAUAGUUGAAAAAAAAUAAAAAGAAUAAUGUUCUGUGACAGGUGAAAAGGAAGUUUAAGUAUCUAAAAAUACAAUUUUAUUGGACUACAA